AUGAAUUUUUUUCUUCUUUUUUCUUCUUCUUUUUUCUUCUUUUUCAUCUUCUUUUUUUCUUCUUCUUUCUUUCUUCUUCUUUUUUCUUUUUUUCUUCAUUUUUUUUUUUUCUUUUUCUUUUUCUUCUUUUUCUUCUUUUCUUCAUCUUCAUCUGAUUCUUUUUUUCUUUUUUUUCUUUUUUCUUCUUUUCUUCUAUCUUUCGUUCAUUUUUUCUUCUUCUUCUUAUUUUUUUUUUUCUUUUUCUUUUUUUUUUCAUUUCUUCAUUUUUCUUCUUUUUUUUUUCUUUUCUUCAUUCUUUUUUUCUUUUUUUUUCUUUUUCUUCUUCUUCUUUUUUUUUUUCAGAUUUUUUCUUCUUUUCUUCUUCUUUAUUUUCUUCUUCUUUCUUCUUUUUUUCUUCUUAUUCUUCUUCUUUUUCUUCUUCUUCUUUUCAUCUUCUUCUUCUUUUUCUUUUUUCAUUUUGUUUUUUCUUCUUCUUGUUUCUUUCUUUUUCUUCUUUUUUUUUUUUUCCUUUCUUCCUUUUUCUUUUCUUCUUCUUCUUUUUUCUUCUUCUUCUUUCUUUCUUCUUUUCUUUUCUUUUUUUUCUUCAUCUUCUUCUUUUCCUUCUUUUUUUCUUCUUCUUCUUCUUCUUCUUUUCUUCUUUUUUUCUUUUUGUUUUUUCUUCUUCUUCAUCUUUUUUCAUCUUCUUUUUUCAAUCUUCUUUUUCUUUUUAGCGAAUUCUUUUCUCAUUUUCUUCUCUCUUCCUUCUUCUUUUUAAUUUUCAUCUUCUUUAUUUCUUCUUUUAUUUUCUUCUUGUUUUUUCUUUUUUCUUCUUUUUUUUCUUUUCUUCUUUCUUUUUUCUUUUCUUCUUCAUAUUCUUUAAUUUUUCUUCUUUUUUUUCAUCUUCAUUUUCUUCUUUUUUCUUCUUCUUAUCUUCUUCUUUUUCUUCUUUUUUCUUUUUUCUUCAUCUUCAUUUUCUUCUUUUUUCUUCUUUUUCUUUUCUUAUAA